GGAAGCAUCUGAACACAACGGACACCGUCCACCACAUAACCAGUUUAUUUCAAACUGUGAAAUGAAAAAAUUAAAAUUUUAUUGUGCAAUUGUUUUUUUGUUUUUUACUUCAGUGAGCGUAAUUUAUUUUUAGAGGAUUAUAUUAGCAAAUCAUCUGUCUUGGAAAAUUAAAUUGCCAAGUUCUGCAGAAUGAAGUUCAGAGUAUUGUUUUUCGUUUCUCUCUCCAUGUUUGCAUGUGGCACAUGUCAGAUAAAGGGUGUCAUUCACCAGUAUCCUUUUGUAGUUGCUGAACUUGGGAGCAGUGUGAUUUUACCAUGCUCUUAUUCAUUUGACAUGAUACACACUGUUUCAUGGUUUAAACAGACUGUUGGCAAAAAACCUCUUCUUAUUGCAUAUUCAAAUCAUCUCUCAGGAGGUUUUAUAUAUCAAAAUGGCUUUGACAAGGUCGAACGGUAUUCUUUUGAAGUUGGAACUAACUUUUUCAAUAUGAGCAUCAUUAACCUGAAGGAAAAUGAUUUUGCAAACUACUAUUGUGCUGUGACCUUCAUCAGCACAAUUGAGUUUGGAGAAGGGACGAUUUUGCUACACAGUGGUAAAGAUUCUGCCAGUGAGGCCACAGUUCUCCAGCAGCCAGUAUCUGACAGACUUCAUCCAGGAGAUUCAGUGUCUCUGCAGUGUUCGGUCAUCAGUCAGAUCUGUGAAGGAGAAUACAGCGUCUACUGGUUCAGACAUUCAUCAGAACAUUCUCAUCCAGGACUCAUUUACACUCGUGAUAACAGGAGUGAUCAGUGUAUGGAGAGAUCAGAGAACGGCUUUUCUACCCAGAGCUGUGUCUACAGUCUCUCUCAGACUGAACUCAGAUCAUCUGAUGCUGGGAUUUAUUACUGCGCUGUUGCCACAUGUGGGAAGAUACACUUUGGAAAUGGAACUAAAUUAAUUAUUGAAGCAUCUUUGACUUUUUGGAAUCCAGUUGUUUUAACCUUGUUCACAAUAAGCAUCAUUUCCAUUAUUGUGAACAUAUUUCUGGUGAGACUAAUUCACAAGAAUCACAGAAAAGAAGCUUCAAAACAACCCACAAAUCAAAGGAAUCAGACAGAAUCGGAUGCCUUAAAUUAUGUAUCCCUGAGUUUUUCCAAAAGGCUUACAACCUCAAAAAGAUCUUCAGGGAAAACUAGCCAAGAACAAAGUGUUUAUUCACAGAUCACAAAGCAAUAGUUCAGUUGAUUUCUAAUGCAAAUAAAUUGUUGUUGUUAACAUAAUUUUUGUAGUAUAUUAAAAUUUAACCAAUCUAGACAUUAUGGAAUAGAAUAGAAUAGAAUACUACUUUAUUGUCAUUGAGCAACAACAUUUAGUGCUUUUCCUCAGAGGUACAUCUGACAUUUUCCUUUUUUCUCUUUUAUGUUUAUGAACAGGAUUGAUACAAAUAAAAAUACUGUCCACAACUUUAAUUCUUUUUCCCCACCACCUGUCCUUUUUGUCUGUGGCUGCUAAAGCACUUUCCUUCCAAUCCAUAAUUUGGAUGAAAAACUGUUGUGUUUACCAAGUGUUCACAUUAAAGUUGAGAGGAAAUGCCUUCCGGUUGAUUUCAAUUGCUGCGCUAGCUGACACAUGAGAUCCUGUAACUGCCAACAGUUCCAAAACACAUGCUUGCUUGCUUGAUUAAUUGUUUAUUUUUAUUUUUGUAUUCAUUUAUUUAUUGAUUUAUUUAUAAUCCAAAUUAAAAAUAUUGAUGCAAAUAGCAUUGAUACAACAGUACGAACUAUCAUGAAUGCGAUGGCACAAUGGUCAUUCAGUGCCAUUUGAGUCCACAUGAGGUGGUAUAUUUUGUGUAAAAAUGGGCCAAUAUUUGUUUCUUUAAAUGCUCAUAUCUUACACAUGUACUGCAAGUAGGCUAAACUACCAUGUCCCCAAGGAAGCUUGAAUAACUUCAGCCACAAAUGUAAGUAAUAAACAAACAAU